UGAACAAUCAUGGUGGUGGUGGUUUUAUUUUAUUUUUCAUAUUUUUUUAAAUUUUUUAUUAAUUUUGUGGGUUGGUUAUUGAUUGAUUUCCUUGAUAAUAACGCUGGCUGGUAGUUGGUGUUAGCUUUGAUGUGAAAUAUCAUUUGGGUAUAUCAUAUAUGCUUUUGGUUUACUGUAAAAAAUCAGUAACUAGUCCCUAUUUUACUGUUUCUUAGAAUGUGUGUUGAUGAAUUUACAUAUUCUUUGUAAUUUGGGGAAAUGAAUGUUCCAUUUGCUCUUAUGUUAUUUCCUUUUCUUUGAUCAGAUUUUGUUUCUUGUUUGUGUAUUCUGACUUUUGAUUACUCUACAAAUUCCUCUAUUAUAUUCUUCUCUGCUUUUGCUCCUAUAUGUUCCCUGCUUUUUUUGGGAUGAGUUUUCAGCUCUGACACUGAGAGGUCCUUGUUGAGGAGGUUUAUAUGGGGUGUAUUUUUCUGGAAAUAAAUUUGGGUUUGGCAUUGAUCUUUCUUAUAAAUCAGUCUCUCCAGUUUUCUAACUGAGUUAUAUCUUUUCAUCUCUUUUUCUUUACCCUUGGUCCUUGGAGCUGCUUUUGUUCCUUUCAAUGAAUGCAAGAUUGUUAUGUGCAUGCCAUUAUGGUGUAGAAAGCUGCCCAUUUUCUCGUUCUUUCGAUGGGUCUCAAAUGAAUGGGAUUCAUCUGAAUGGUAAAACACGCGGUUCCGAGAAGCCUGUGCCAGGAUGUUUGGGAAGAAUGGUCAACCUCUUCGACUUAAGCAUAUCUGGAAACCGGCUUCUCUCUGACAAGCCUUAUAAUGAUGGUUCUUCUUUAUCAAGAAGUCGAUCAGAUGUCUCCAGGAUGUCAAGCAUUGCUGUGGAUGAGAUGGAAGAUAAAGUGAUGGUCUCUGAGUUAAGGAGGUCUUCAUCGAACAGAAAACCUAAUGGAACUCCUGUAAAGAUGUUGAUGGCUCAAGAAAUGUCAAAGGACUUAGAAUCCAAACAGAGGCCACCUAAUGUGGUGGCGAAGUUGAUGGGACUUGAUGUGAUUCCUCAGCAACAGCAGCCUGAUUUUGCUGCUCAGAGAAUUCAAUCAAGAGUCUAUUCUCGAAAUUGUCAUUCAGAGAUACCAAUAGGAUAUUGGCAGCAAGAACAAGAUUUUUUCAGCAAACAAAUUGACUCUGAGGUUCAUCCACACCAAGAUCAGAAUGAGUAUAAAGACAUAUAUGAGAUCUGGCAGCAAUCUCAAAGAACAAACUGUAGAAGAGAUAAUUCGCCUCAAAAGGGAAGGUUCAAUGAAAACAUGAAUGAAAAAAAACUGGCACUGAUUCGUCAAAAGUUCAUGGAAGCAAAACGCCUUGCCACAGACGAGAAGCUAAGGCAGACCAAGGAGUUCCAAGAUGCUUUAGAUGUGUUGAGCUCCAAUGGGGACUUAUUUCUGAAAGUUCUUCAAGAGCCAAAUUCUUUGUUUUCUCAGCAAAUUUAUGUAGGGGAUUCCGUUUCUCCAUCUCCAGAGACGAAGCGAAUUACUGUCCUUAGACCUUCGAAAGUGGUGAGUGAUGAAAAAUUUGCUGCACCAGCUAAGAGAAAUGAAAAGCAAGUAAAGAAGCAAGUUUUGAUGAACCAGGUUCAUGUGUGGGAUGACCAGCAUCAUGGAUUUCCCCCUACUAUAUCGUCCUGGAAAGUUACUGAUAGUCCUCUCCAGCCCACCCGGAUAGUGGUGUUGAAACCUAGCCUUGCUAAGACUAAUGAACCUAAAAUAGCUGUCUCCUCAACCCCAUCCUCACCACGGGUUCUUCCGAGUGAAAAUUUCUUUGAGGAACCAGAAGAUGAGGAGGCUCGAGAAGCUAGGGAAGUGGCAAAGGAAAUCACGCAACAGAUGCGUGAAAACCUGGCUGGUCAUCGGAGAGAUGAAACCUUGAUCUCCUCUGUGUUCUCUAAUGGAUAUACAGGAGAUGAGAGUUCUUUUGAAAAAUCGGAAAAUGAAUUUGCAACUGGAAAUCUUAGUGAUUCUGAAGUUAUGUCUCCAACAUCGAGGCAUUCUUGGGACUAUGUCAAUAGAUUUGGUAGCCCAUUUUCUUCUUCGUCUUUAAGCCGAGCGUCCUAUUCCCCAGAGUCGUCAGUUUGUAGAGAAGCAAAGAAGAGACUUUCUGAGAGAUGGGCCAUGAUGGCAUCAAAUGGAAAUCAUAAUCACGAUCAACGGCACAUUCGAAGAAGUUCAAGUACACUAGGUGAAAUGCUUGCACUUUCAGAGGUUAAAAAAUCUGAAAUAUGUGAAGAAGAGGAUAACAAUAGACAUGAAGAUCCAAGGGGAUCAACAUCAUGCCUGAACAGCAAUAUGGGUGCCAGAGAAACUGGAGAUGAUUCCCCCAGGAAUCUUUUGAGAUCAAAAUCAGUUCCUGUUUCUUCUACAGCUUAUGGUGAAAGACUAAAUGUUGAAGUAGCCAAUCCAGUACUUUGCAAUGGGGGCGUUCCAAAGGAACUAAUAAAGGCAAAAGCAUCAAAGACCUCAUUUACCGGGAAAGUCACUAGUUUGUUCUUCUCAAGGAAUAAGAAAUCUAGGAAAGAGAAGUCCGGCAAAUCACUUUCUAAUGAUGACUCUCAAUUAGCAACAGCUGAAACUCCAGGGUUCCUGGCAACUCCCGGAAGAACAAGCAAUGACCAUUCUGAGGUGGUUCUCUCCCCUACGUCAUGGUCACUUAACGGAACUGUUAUGACAGAUCUGAAUGAUACGAGACUUGGGCAAGGCAUAUGUUCUCCGCAGGGUUUCUCUGUAUCCCAGCUAGGCCCACCUGUCAUUCAAGGGGAGAAUCAGGAACAACCUAGCCCAAUCUCAGUUCUGGAACCUACAUUUGAGGAGGAUGACAAUGCCUUGCUCGGUUGCUCUCGUAGCAUUGUGCCGAACCUACAUGGAGAGCAUGUUCCUCUGUGUCUCGGCAAGUCUAACUUGAUUGAUAAAUCACCACCAAUCGGAUCAAUAGCACGGACCUUAUCAUGGGAAGAAUCCUUUGCAGAAACAGCCACUAACUAUGCUCUAAAUUCCCCGUUCGUGUCCCCAGGAGCAGGCGAGGAUGAGGUCGAGUAUGUUUACUUAGUUCAAUCCUUAUUCACGAUGGCAGGCCUUAGCGAUGAGGGACAAGUGGGUUCAAAUCUGGCCAGAUGGCACUCCACAGAGAGCCCAUUGGAUCCCCUAUUGAGAGAUAAAUAUAUUGACCUGACUGCUAAGGAACCAUUACACGAAGCAAAAAGGAGGCAGCUAAGAUCGAGCAGGAAGCUUGUUUUCGACUGUGUUAAUGCAGCACUUGUGGAUAUUACAGGCUUCGGGACCACCACUAGCCGUUGGGGUGGACCAUAUGUGGGGCUUAGCAAUGGAUACUUGGAAAGCGGGCCAGGGAUGGGAUUGGCCGAUAAGGUGUUAGCCUGGAUGAAGGAAUUGAUGCCUGGUGAGGUCAAGUACUAUUCAAUUGAUGGUGGGGACAAUCACAGCUUAGUGGAGAGGCUGGUGAGAAAGGAAGUGAUAGGGAAAGGGUGGUGUGAACAAAUAAGAUUACAAGUUGACAAUUUAGGAAAGGAAAUAGAAGGGAAGCUUCUUGAGGAACUUGUAGAGGAGUCUGUUGUUGAAUGGAACUGGUGAUCAUGAGCAUGAAAAGGCUACCCCUACUUAUUCUUCCUUCUUAAAUCUUUUUGUUUAUUACUCCCUAACUAAUUGUUGUUAUUAUUAUUAUUAUUAUUAUUAUUAUUAUUAUUAUUAUUAUUAUUAUUAUUUCGAGUGUAUUAUUUUGUGUAUCAAUGGUAACUAACUCAACAAUUACUAAUCCUUCCCUUAUUUUUCUGUUUUAUUUUUUCUGCAAUUUUUCUUUUUUGGUUUUGGUUUUGGUUUUGGUUUUGGUUUAGAAUAAUUUGUAUUUAUUCUGGUUAAUUCAGUGUAUCUUACUGUACUCAGACAUAGAGAGGCAUUGAGAUCCGCUCUUGUUAUCUGUCCCCGUCAUGUAAUCUCCCCGCAUAUGUCAUGUUUGGCGGCAUUAAAUAAUUUCGCCCUUUUGUCAAGAAAAAUAAAAUAAAUCUUGCCGAGUUUCAA